AGUUGUAUAAUUUCGUAGACGAAAUACGUGUGGGUGUCUAUUCUUUUGGAGCGUCGUUUGUAAUAUUCGGCGCAUGUAGAAACGCGUACCAUCGUCAAUGGUACCACUCCGCUUAUUGUGGUGAGCAGCACCGUGACCACCGCUACGGUUCUCUUCACCAGUCAGUAUGGCGAGAGCAUUUACCAACGGAACUUAAAGAACUCUCGCUGCACAAGCAAGGCGAUCGCGAACCAUGUCGGUACACCGAUUUUGAUCAACUCCUAAGAACUACAGCAAAGCAAUAACUCCGCAAGUGUCCGAAGGGAACUACCCAAAAAUUACCAGUGAUUAACGACAUGCCCAUUACCAAGUGCGGAUAAACAUAUACACAGAAACACCAUCGUCGCCUGGGAUAAUUCGCAUGAGCCUGGAACAUGAAUAGUGGCUAUUCGAAGGAGAAUGGGAAACAGCGGUAGCCAGCACCAGCAGCAAACGGGCAUAAGUGUGGCUGGCAUCGCCAGCGUCGCCGUUGAAGAAGAGGUCCAGUGGAGCCAGUCCUUUCCGCGGACCCCAUAUCAGCACAAGCUGAUUGUGCCCGACAGGGAUGCGCACCAGCGGCUGCGGCCGACCGGAAACGGCGAGAUCCUGCAUGCCGGUGGUACCAUUUCCGGUAGGAAUCAGCAGGGCGUCAGCAGGUCCAGCAGUAUUCCGGCUGUCCGGCAGCGGCAUGUACCGGGACCACAGGUCCGGACUCAGCAUAAACAAAACGCACGCGCAUCCAGCCGCAAAGAUCAGCUGAAGAGAUUUGGAUCAGAGCCUGACCUUCGAUUACCUUCGAAAUCGAGCCACGACAAUCAUGAGAAAUACAAAGGCCGCAAGAAGUAUAAGGCGCCUCCACCGCCUCCAGUAUACGCGCCGGAGUUCGACGACGGGUGCGGAAUGGAGGGCGGAUCACCAAUCCGAAGAGCGAGGUUGUUCAAGACCCGCGCCGAAACCAAGAAGAAGUAUUCUAGUCCUGUAAAUAAUCGUAGAUCAAUAAGCGACGUGCUGGUGUCAGAGGAGGAACACCACCACCACCGGUACAAGUCCAGCGAGAACCUCUUCGGCGAUGAGACCAAAUUUCGUCGACCGGGCGUAAACCCCACGUCCAAUAACAACCGACAGUCAAUCCCGCAGAUGCAACGAACGAAGAGUUCACCCGAGUUCCAGGAGGAGCUGCGAGAGGCCACCAAGAGGCUCGUCGAAACCAAAGUGAACAAAUUGCGAACGCUCGAUCACAAUUUGAAUAGUAAAAAGGAGCACAUGAUCAAUAAGCUCAAGGACAUCAUGUUGGUGGACGACGAUGUAAGGACGCCCGCUUCUGGGAAAGAGUCGUCACCCGAGCAGUCACCGCCCAAAGUGAAAACAUUCUAUUUUGGAAUGGAGCAUGCGAAGAUACCUAACUCCCUUGGAUCGGACAUCUCCAGCGAGUCGGAGACGGAAACCAGCGGACAUGAUAUCUCGCUGCAGCUACGACCGAUCUUGCCUAAGAAGCAGUUGGAGAUACCCAGGUUUUCGCCAGCUGCAGCCUGGAAGCUGCUCUCUGCAGUAGACACCAAUCAGACUGAAAAUACGAUGCAGAAUGACGAGACGUCUGCUUUUAUUGAAGACAAAAUCGAGAAGUUAUCACGGCCUCCACCACCAUAUCGUCUUCUUCUAGGCUCAAGGUCGAUACAGGAUAAGUCCGGUGACUCAGGCAUCUCCGGAGAUGAAACACCCGAGGUGGCGCUGCCUAGUCCCAGACAAAGAGGUAUCUCGUGGACGCCGCAGCAAGACCUCGGUGACGACUCCAGCUUGGAAGAUGGAUCUAAUCCUGAUUUCCCGAACCACGUAAAAUUUCCAACGAGACCUCACGUCUUCAGUUUAUCUCUACCUCGUGAAAACCACCUGGCCGCGUACAUCAACGAGAAGACUUCUCUGCAACCGUACUCCAGUUUACAAAAAUUGAAGCGAUCCAUGUCUGGAGUGCUGGCGACAUUGGCGAACAAACGUGAUGCCGAUUUGGAUCUAGAACAAGAUGAGAAUUGGUUUCUCAGUAAAUCCGCUCCGAAUUCCUUAAAUAAUGGCUUUAAUUCUUUAGAGCUUCGUAGACAAUACAGACAGAGCGAGGAUCCUGUACAAACAAAUUCGCGACGAAUAAUGUACCUUCCACAAUCCACAUUCGACAAGCCCAGUCGGAAGAAGCACUUAUCAAAGUCGUACGACAAUCUCUCAGCAGAGUCACGGACACAUCCUGAGAAUCUACAAGACCCACCGCGGUUAGAAGCGGCCAAAAAGCCGGCUAGAAAGACGAAGAAGUUCACGUUCCAGAGCACCGUCCGACAGAUAGAAAGGAAACGAUUGGCUGAUAAAUUGUCCAAAGAAGCGGAACGCAAAGAGCAAAAGCGACUUCAGGAGCUGGAAGCAAUGCAGCGUGUCGAGGAGGAGUUCCAAAAGAAGCGAGCCAGGGAGAAGGCUACCAUUCGGCAGCAGCUCAGGCUGUAUAACAUGGAUGACACAGCUUGGUCUAGUCUACCACCCAACUUGGACCUUGGCGAUGGGAUUAGACCAGAGCCGGAUGGAGCGGUAUGCUCGUCUUCGCCAUCUCCAUCCCCGACCUUCAACAAAUCUGACUCGAGAGAGAACAAAGCCCAAAUUACACAAAUUCUCUCCGAAUUCCGGCAGUCCCAGAGGGAGUACAAAGAGUUUAUCAACGGUUCUCGAUAUAUUGAGCAAACGACAGUAUAUCCUCGAGUUACAUGUAACAUGCCCAAAGUGAAGGGUGCUACGCGUACCAGUAAUUACCGUAAAAAUUUCGCGCACGGCGUUAAAUCAACCGACAGCAGCUACUCUGAAGAAUCUACUUCAAACGCUAGAGGUGCCAGGAAAUAGUUAUGCCACAACCUACGUUUCCCACGACCACACAUUA